CCAAAGAUAUAAAGGAAGCAGGAGAGGACACUGCAAAAGCUUUUUUAAAAACUUGGUCUUUACACAUCCAUCACACCUAACGAAGUUAAUUAGCCACAUAGUGGUCACACGCUAAUAUUAAGCCAGAAUUAAUAGUGGUGGGUUCUUUCUUUAUCUCUCUCUCCAUGGACUUGCAUCUGAAGCAAUGGAGAAACCAGCAUGAGUCAGAGGAACAACAUUCUACAAAGAUGCCAAAACUUCUCCCUGAAUCCCAUCAACAGCCACAAACACAAUCAUCUGCCUCUGCACUCCCUUUGUUUGUACCUGAACCCAACAGCAAAGUCAGCACCCUGUCAGAUUCAACAUUACCAGCUACUAACAGAUUUCCCAGGAUGGGGAGCUACUUCAGCUUGUCUCAGUGGCAGGAACUUGAGUUGCAGGCUUUGAUCUUCAGGUACAUGUUAGCUGGUGCUGCUGUUCCUCCUGAACUCCUUCAACCAAUCAAGAAAAGCCUUCUUCAUUCCCCUCACUAUUUCCUCCAUCACCCUCUCCAACAUUACCAACCUGCUUUGCUGCAAUCUGGGUAUUGGGGUAGAGGAGCGAUGGAUCCAGAGCCAGGGCGGUGCCGGAGAACUGACGGGAAAAAGUGGCGGUGCUCGAGGGACGUGGUGGCUGGAAAAAAGUACUGUGAGCGCCACAUGCAUCGUGGAAGAAACCGUUCAAGAAAGCCUGUGGAACUACCCACACCAAGUAGUGCUAAUUGCGGUGGUAGUGGUGGUGGUGGUGGAACUCUAGGACUAGGUGCUUCAUCUUCCAUUUCUUCACCUCCGCUAGCUACUGCUUCUCUGAAAUCCCCUUUUGAUCUUCUUCAUCUUAGUGAACGCUCUUCUGGGACCAAGAAUGAAGACAAGAGCUUGUUUGAAAAUGAAGAUAAUGUGGGUGGGGAUGGCAGAGCAGGUGGGCAUAUGCUGAGGCAUUUUUUCGAUGAUUGGCCAAGAUCAAUGCAACACUCUGACAACGUUGAAAACAAUGCUGCCCCUGCCCGGAUAAACUCUUCCACAUGUCUUUCUAUUUCUAUGCCCGGAAAUGCUUCCUCAGAUGUCUCUUUGAAAUUGUCCACUGGCCCAACAAAUGAGAAUGUCAAUCUCCAGUCGGACCAACUGCAGUUGAAUUGGGCCGGAGGAUGGGCCGGAGGUAGUCAAGUGGCUUCAAUGGGUGGGCCACUUGCUGAGGCACUCAGAUCAUCUACUUCAACUUCAUCUCCUACUAGCGUUUUGCAUCACUUGCCUCCUGCUUCUGGAUCUGAGACCAGCUUCGUUACCACCUGAAGUUACUUUCUUCCUAGCCCAAUUAGUUUUCUGCUUUUCUUUUGGAUUAAGUUUCAAUUUUGGAGCAUUAUUGGACAAAGGUGUUAUAUGUUGGUAUCCUUCCUAU